AUGGCUGGGUCUGAGCCAUCAGAUCAUGAAGUCUCCUCGGAGUUUUCGCUGGUGACAGAGGUUGGGCCGGGGCCCCAGUCCGUGAAAGAGUGGCUACCCGAUCCAUUCUUGGCCAUGAACCUGGGAGAAGAGAUGCAGAGCCAGUAUCUCUCCGAUGCGAUGCAACGGCUGAAGAACCCCGAGCUCUGGGAAAGCGCCGCUGCGUCUCAGAUUCGCCAGCUUUCCUCCAACGCAGACCCGGAAGUGCGAGUGAAGCUCGAUGAGCUGAGCCACAAGUACCAAGAGGUCGCAGUUCAGAAGCUGCGAAGCCUCCGAGGAAACAUCAUGGCGAUGGCGCACAUCCUGGUAGAAUUGCUCGCAGCUCGGGACUACGAUCAGAAGAUGCGCCAGGAGUGCCAGGAUGAGCUGAAGGAUGCCAUCGAGAAGAUCCAGAACAUCUUCGUAACGCAGCAAGAGGACUACAAGGCUCAUUCGGAGAUUCAUUUCCAGCGUGUGGUAAGUCUCUUCCAAGACUCUCAGAAAGACUCCUGGAAGUCAGCUCUUGGUGCAAUGUCUGCUGUGGUAGGCGCCAUGGUGCCUGCCUAUAUCCUUCGGCUGGUCUGGUUGGCACUGUUCCGACCGAAGCGCAUGGACAAAACCGACAUCUUGCGGCAGUGGUACAAGCCCCUCUACCGCGAUCUAAAUGGAAACGUGCACUACAAACUCAUGAGGAAGAAGGAGGGUGGGCUGCGGCUUAGAGCAGGAUGGCUGUUGAGUCUACUCGUAGGUGGUUCUUCAGCAACAAUCCUCCUAUGCGGAAGGGCGGUUCUAUCGGCGUACUGGCAUGCUCAAAUCAGCAGGCAGAAGAACGUGAUGGCCAAGGCAGAGUCCCUUGUGAAAGUCGAGAUGCAGCAACUCCAGUCCAUGUGGCAGGGCACUUUGACAGUUGAGUCGGUGCCCUUUGAUUCGACCGGUUUAAAGUGUGUAUGCCAGGUGUAUGUAUGUUGCACCUACACACACACACACACGUUUAUAUAUGUAGAUAUGUAA